UGAGAGUGCAGCUCGAGGUGUAGGGCUGUUCCAGCAUGCGACAACGCUUUCUCGUACUUACGAGUCAAUACGAGGAUAGAAUCAAUCUUCUGCCACUAGAUUUUUUCCAACCGAGCAUCCAUGAUGACGUAAACAAACACAAGCGCAGGCAGAAAGAGUUGAGGAGAUGGAGCGGGCGGCUCAGGUACCACAGCGUACAACUGGAAGACAUCAACAUCGAGCCGCGCACUGUACAGUUUCGGCCCUGUUUGCGGCUUUCUUCGCGGGCCACCAAUUUGCACAAGGGUUGCAGCUCCAGCCACGAAGCAAUGCUGCCCUGAUUUUUGAGAGGGAGUACGAGAAGGUGAAACAUGGGGCGUACGAGCACGACAACAGUUUUUCGCCUAAUAGCGAGGAGUACGACAAACUCUACGCCGCGUGGCUAACGCCCCGCUUCGCUAAGUUGCAGAAGCAAAUCGACACCGCACGACUGCAUGGUAACAUCGGACAACAAGAGAAGGGAGUAGAGAAGGCAGCUUCUCAUCAAAAUAAAGACGAUACCAGUGACAGUCCCGUGGCCGCCCCUCCUUCUCUCGUCAUUGGCAUCAAAACCGCUGGGGCGUGGACGCGAGUGCGUGAUGUACACCGAACUACAUGGAUGAAAUCGGAAAACCGACAAGGCAAAAAAUGCGUCACCCAGAAACAAGUCACGCCUGGGCAGGUGACCGCCCGGUUCCUGCUCGAGGGCGAGCCGACGGAGGACCUGCUGAAGGAACAGGCGAAAUUUGGAGAUUUGGUCUUUCUUAACACCACGGAUUACGCACACAAGCUGCCGCUGAUGCCCAGUGAUAGGCGAAAAGUGUUUUCUUGGUUUCGGAAAAUAGGAGAGAUCGAAGCGGGCGGUGGUCCUGACAAGAACGAAGAGCAAGCAGUUGCAAACACCAAGAAACCAAGCUACGUGGCAAAAAUGGACUGCGAUACCUACAUUGAGCCGUGCGACCUGCUCGAGGACAUGGCGGGCAGCGGGACGCCUUUGUACUACGGCCAGAUGAAUGGGCGCAAGGAGCUUUUCAACCCCUACGGCGGGCGGGACAUUGACAAGUGCCGGGCCAAGAUCGAAGGACGGACCGAUCACGAACCUUUUAUGCAGGGCGGGUAAGAGCAGAAUCAGAGUGUGCUGCUUUACCUCCUUUUUGCAUUUCCAUUCAUUCUUGCGUUGGAGUAGGGUAGACUUGGCUAGCUUCUUGAAAUAAGUGUACUUAUCGUAGCAAUUUCUCAUCUUCAGGUUCUACGCUAUGUCCCAGGACAUGGCGCACUGGAUGGCGGAGUACCCUUCCUACCCGCGCCUCGUCAAGUCGGAGGACCAGGCCGUUGGGUGCAUGAUGCUGUACUCGAUCCGUGCGGGCGCCGCCGGCCCGCAGAUGGUGCACCCGGUCGUGUGGGAGCGCGAGGGCUGCGACCAGCACUGGUGCAACGCGUGGGACCCGAGGGGCGGCAAGUUUCUGUUCAAGCACUUGUGGUACGAGUUCGCGGCGCACGUGGGGAAGCCCCGGCACUUAUCAAAAUGAAAAAUCCCCCCUCCCCAUAUCAAAACGGAAAUUUGUGAUGCUGAUUUGUGACCACAAAUCAGCUCUGUAUUGCAGAGAGGCACUGCGGCCAGAUCCCCAGGCUAGGUAGGGGCGUGCGGGUCUGGUAGUUCAGCAUGGCAAGCGGCCCCCCUUUAGGCCCAACAGCAUGACAAACCGCUUCCAUAAUGGGGCGGAAGCUUGUGCCCUUAUCUUCUUGCAAGACAGAUGUGAUUUGUGACCUCAAAUCCGCAACGCAAAUCUUUGCAAACAUACCGCUUCAAUAUGGGGAGGGGGGAUUUUUCCUUUCGAUAGCACUACAGCAUCAAUGUGACCGACGUGAUGGCGUUGCAGGAUGACGGCGCGGUGAUUCCAGAGUCGAAACACGACGUACUGAAAGAGGAGCAGGAAGGAAAGGAGGAGCAAAUGCAGAAGGGUUUGCAGAAAGAGAAAAAGCCGGCUCCAGCGCAGGCUUUGGAGGGGGGAGCUUCAGCCGCGAAGGCUGAAAGUGGUGCGAGGAAAGAGCACUGAGAGUGAGAAAUAAAACAAGGAGUAAAGUGUGUGGUUGUCAUACAUACUGGACAGGUCUUACAUGUGGUUGUGGAUGUUUGUUUUCUUUUCCGAAAUAAAUACUAGGUGUUUGGACAGUUAUUUUUCCGACGGCGCAUGCAGUAGCAGUCGUGAUGCCCAAGAAGAUCAAGAUUCAUGUGAGUAACUUAUUGGCUUGCUUCACCUGGCGGUGCAGCGGAACAGAUUGCACUUUUACCACAUCGACACCUCCGGUGUCAGGGGGCCAUCGAGUUGCUUCAGAUAACAGCAUAUCGUAGCUGGUCGUGUUUUGAAAAACAAAGCAUGUUCUUCUCGAUCUCGAACGCGACUCCACGAUC